GUUGUCACGGUUACUGCUCAAUUGUCGUUUGAUUGAUACCUCGUUCAUCAAUCUACUCUCGCUCUACUUAAAGUCGCUGUCGAUCAUCACUGUCGCUCAGUAUCAAGUACCAAGUACACAUUAAUACCUCAUCCAUAAUGAAGUCCUACAUCGCUCUCGCUCUUGCGUCCACCGCAUUGGCGCUUCCCCAGACAUCUGGCUCCUCUGGGUGCGCUUCUUCAGCUUCUGGAACUUUCCAGAUUCAGACUGUCAUGAAGCCCAGCUCCAAGCGCGGCCUUGUGGAGCGCCAACUUGCUGGUGCCCUCACUCUGACCCUUGAGAAUGGUAUCUUGAAGGACCAGGCUGGCCGUCAGGGAUACGUCGCUGCCAACGACCAGUUCCAGUUCGACGCCCCUGUUCAGGCCGGUGCUCUCGAGACUGAGGGUUUCGCUCUCUGCAGCAACAACUCUCUUGCUUUGACCUCUGGUCAACGUCCCUUCGGUGCUACCACCUUCUGGCAGUGCCUGUCUGGUGACUUCUACAACUUGUACGCCGACUCCCAAGGCAUGCAGUGCCAGCAGAUCUUCAUCCAGGCCGUCAACCAGGGUUCCGGCUCUGCCUCCCAGAUUAGCGAUGGCCAGCCUCAGGCCACCACGCCUGCUGCGUCAGCUACCAACGCUGUCUCUCAGAUUUCCGACGGUCAGCCGCAAGCAACCACCCCCGCUGCCUCCGUCUCCAUGAUCGUUUCUCAGAUCUCCGACGGCCAGCCCCAGGCUACUACACCUGCCGCUUCGGCCCCAGCUGUCGUCUCUCAGAUUUCUGAUGGGCAGCCCCAAGCUGGCACACCGGCUCCCUCGGUCCCUGCCGUUGUCUCUCAGAUCUCUGACGGUCAGCCCCAGGCCGGUACCCCUGCGCCCGCGGUCUCCAACGUCGUCUCCCAGAUCUCCGAUGGCCAGCCCCAGGCCGGUACCCCUGCGCCCUCGGUCUCCAACAUCGUCUCCCAAAUCUCCGAUGGCCAGCCUCAGGCAGGUACCCCGGCACCAUCUGUGUCCAACAUUGUCUCCCAGAUCUCCGAUGGUCAGCCCCAGGCUCCCGUCGCCACUGCCAACACCACCGUCCCGCGUCCCAGCGCGAGCCAGCCCGCAGAGUUCACCGGCGCUGCCAACCUUGCCACCUUCGGCUCUGGCGCCGUUGCUGCCGGUCUGUUCGCUCUGUUCGCUCUUUUGUAAACACGUUAUCCGUCUGUUGCGUCAGCAUAGCGCGUCACUUCAUGUGUUUGCGGUUUCCAGUUAGCAUUUGAUGAAAGUGGUUAAUGUUCCCACUGACGACCUUCCUUAAGAAUCAUGUCGGCGCACGGUCAUCGGUGUGAUGAAACACUCCUUGGACUUGUACA